AUGGCAGACCUUCCCUACACCUGCAACACUUGUUUUGUUGCCUUCCGCAGCAGCGAUGGUCAGCGCGACCAUAUGCGCACCGAUUGGCAUCUUUAUAACAUGAAACGUCGUGUUGCCUCUCUUCCACCGGUGUCCCAGGAGAUUUUCAACGAAAAGGUCCUCGCCGCCAAGGCCUCCUCCAACGCCGCCGCCGCCAAGGCCUCGUUCGAGAAAACCUGCGUCGCCUGCCAAAAGACCUUCUACAGCGAGAACUCUUACCAGAACCAUGUGAAGAGCUCAAAGCAUAAGGCUCGCGAGGCGCGACUGAACCGGGAUAAUGCCGAUGACACCUCGUCCGUUUUGAGCUCGACCUUCUCUCUCGGAGAACCCAUCAACAAGCCUCGCGAGGCCGAUGUAGCCACCGUUACGGAGGGUCUGAAGGGAGCGACGAUCGCGGAGGAAGAUGAAGAUGAGGAGAUUGCCGACGCGGACUCUUACUCAUCCUCUCACUGCCUAUUCUGUAACGAGGAGUCGUCGAGCAUCGAAGAGAACACCGACCACAUGUUCAAGAGCCACGGCAUGUUCAUCCCGGAGCGGACAUACCUUGCAGAUCUAGAAGGCUUGAUCCGCUACCUCUACCGGAAAAUUAACGAGAACAGCGAGUGUAUCUACUGCCAUUCCAUCCGAAACAGCCCCGCCGGUAUCAAGACGCACAUGAAGGACAAGGGCCACUGCAUGAUCGCCUUCGAGACCGAGGCGGAGCAGAUCGAGAUCGGUCAGUUCUACGACUUCCGAAGCACCUACUCAGAUGACGAGAACGACGAGGACUCUGAAAUGGUCGACGGCGGCGUCAAGGUCUCGGGCUCCGACGAAGACGAAGGCUGGGAAACGGACGCCUCAUCCGUCGACGAGGAUGACGAUGAAGGCUUCGCAAAGAACGCCCCUGCAGUCUACAGAACCGAAUACGAACUCCACCUCCCAUCCGGCCGGACCGCAGGUCACCGCUCUCUCGCACGAUACUACCGCCAGAAUCUGCACAACUACCCCACGGCCGAUGAGCGGUAUGCCCGCCAACUCGCCAUCGAGAACGGCGAGAUCGAGGAGGAAGAGAAGCCCCGCGGCCGUAACGCCACCCGUGCCCUUGUUACCCGUGCUAACGGCGGCACUGGUAUGAUUGGAGUCGGAGACAUCGAGAAGCGCAAUGUCGUCGAGAGCGAGCGCAAGGAGCGGACUCGUGCUAUCCGUCAAGAACAGCGGUACACAGCUCGUGUUAACCGGGCUGCUAACAACCAGAAGCACUUCAGGUGA